GCUAAACGCCCCCCCAAAUCCCAUUGGAAAUUCGUCACCAGCGCUUCGCUCAGCCCCCUUGCAUCCGAUAACAACUUUUUAGAAAGCAUCUCAUCUAGCAACGACUUGUCUUUUACCUCGCGCCUUCUCACACAGAACAAGAAUUACACCGGGAAGUCACUUCCACCCUCUCCUGUGUAGACAAGCACACCUUUCGGACCUCUUGAUCGACGGGGAGGACAUAUCGCUCCAGACUCUGGUACCAGUGCAAAAACGCGUACACCGUACUCCAUCUCCGACAAAGGUUGUGUGCGUGAAUACCCGUUGAAACCAUGUCAAAGCAACUGGGAAAGAGCCUUCUUCGCUCAGCAAAAAACUAUACCAAAGGGUAUUCGGAUAUUCAGAUCAAAGUCCGGCAAGCAACAUCAAAUGAUCCGUGGGGUCCUUCAGGGUCGUUGAUGGCGGAGAUAUCUCAGGCCACGUUCAACCAUCGAGAUUUUCUAGAAAUUAUGGAGAUGAUUGACAAACGACUUAAUGACCACGGAAAGAACUGGAGACAUGUAUUCAAGGCUCUGACACUAUUGGACUAUCUGCUGCACACCGGUUCUGAGGCAGUCAUUGCGUAUGCUCGGGAAAAUCUUUAUGUUAUAAAAACAUUGAAAGAAUUUCAGUACAUCGACGACGACGGGAAAGACCAAGGAGCCAAUGUUCGACAAAAAAGUAAAGAUAUUACAGCCCUGUUAGCUGAUGAGUCCCGUUUGCGAGAAGCACGCCAGACGAGAAUGGAUAUGCGUGGCAGAAUGACCGCAGGCGAUGGGUUUGGCGCUCCGAGUGCAGGGAUAAAUCAGGGAGGUUCCUAUUAUAACGAGGACCGUGAAUUGCAAAAAGCUCUUGAAGAGAGCAGACGUACAGCCCAACAAGAUGAAAGUCGUCGAAAAGCGUUGGACAAUGAGGAGGAAGAACUGCAAAAAGCACUUGAACUGAGCGAAAAGGAAGCUAUUGAGAGGCGAAUGCGCGAACGGGAUCAAGCAAUGCAGAACCAGCCAACGGGAGACUCUGCGAAAAAGGACGACAUCAUCGACUUUUUCGGGGGUCUUGAAGACACUACUCCGACUAAUCCUUAUGCGCAGCAACAGCAAAGUGGCGGCUACGACCCAUUUGCUGGAUUUGGCGGUACCGAUCCCUUCGCCCAGCAGCAACAGCAAUUCCAACAACAAUAUCUUUUGCAGCAGCAGCAGCAAUUGCAAUUGCAGCAGCAGUUGGCCCAGCAGCAGCAACAGCAGCAGCUCGCGCAACAACAGUUUAUGCAACAACAGUCUAAUCCUUUUGGCAGCAAUCCAUUCGGAGGUGCUGCACCCAACUCAGCUCCGGUUCAGCAACAGCUUACCGGAGACAAUAAUGCCCUUGCUAGGGGAAGCGGUCCCAUCGACCCGUUUGCAAGUCUCGCAGCAAGUCGCUCAAACACCAAUGCUCAAAACCAAGGGGCAAGUGCAGCAGGCGGCCAGUUUAGCCCAUUUGGCGGCAACGCGACUAGCAGUGGUGAUCCUUUUGCGGCAAUGGGAGGAUCCAAUCUACAGGGCAUCGCUGCGCAUUCGACUGGAGGCGGAUAUGGAGGUCAGGGAGUCGGAUCUCACUCUACGGGCGGUGGUUUUGGAUCUGGAGUUUCUGCGCACAACACUGGUGGCGGUUUCGGAGGCAUUGGGGUCGCGUCUCAUUCGACCGGCGGCUUUGGUGGUGUAGCAUCACACUCUACGGGCGGGUAUGGAGGUAUGGGGCAAGCGAGCAGUCAGCCUAUUUCACAACACAACACUGGUGGAGGCUUUGGAAUGGCAAGUCAAAAUACAGGCAGCGGUUUCGGCACACCAAACAAGUCAGCAUCGGACCUUGUCAAUCUGGAUGCCAACAGCCUCGCCAGUGGAAGAGCAUCAACCGGCGCAUUUGGAGCACCUGCGGCGAAGAACCCAUUCCAAACCGGAGGUCAACAAGGUAAUAAGUAUCAGUGGGAAACACCAAAGCCUACUCAACCGACGUUGGCCCAACUGGCGGGACAAAACGCGUUUGGUGGGUCUCCAGCUGGUAACGCAUUUGGCAAUCAACAAGCGGGUGGAGCGUAUGGACAGAAUGCGUUCCCCGGAAACAUGGGUGCAAAUCCCCUUGGUCAACAAGGAAUGGCGGGGAUGCAGCAGGGAGGGUUUAAUCAACAACAACCAUUUGGGGCGAUGGGAACGGGGCAAGGGGGUUUCCAGCAGCAGCAGCCCGGAUUCAAUCAGUUUGGAGCGCAGCAGCAGGCAGGCGCCAUGGGAUCGGGUGGACCCUUCUUCUAACAUCAUGAUUUAUUACGUAUGGUUUUAUAAAUUGAAUUUUCGUGCUGUUAUUCACAUUCAACGCA